AUGGGGGAAGGAGCCGGAAAAUCCAGUUUCAUCAACUCGGCUCACAGCGUUUUUGAACACAGAGUGAUAGUGAAAGCAGAGACGGCAUUCGGGUCCAGUCGGCUGGCUCCUAUCCCUAGAUACGGGCCUCAGGAGCGUCCACUGAUCCUGUCCUCCCGAAACGCGCUUGUCGUUUCGGUUUCCCUCGCCCGCGGAUUCAGCGGCUCAAUCGGGUACAAGGCCUACAAAAUUAAAAAUGGACAAGGAGGCACGUUGCCGUUCAUCUUCAAUGACAUCAUGGGGCUAGAAGAUGAUCAAUCAUCAUCAGGAGUUCAGACUGAUGACAUUAUUAAGGCAGUGAUGGGACACAUGAAGGACAACUAUGUGUGUAAUCCUAAUCGUACACUGGAAGAUGGAGAUCCAAACUACAUCAGGAACCCCAGGGUGAAUGAUAAAAUUCACUGUGUGCUGAGUAUCCUGCCAGCAACCACCAUCAAUCUAACAGAUGAUUCCAUUAUCAGAAAAAUCAAAGCUGUUGGGAGUAAAGCCAGUAUGAUUGGCAUCCCUCACGUUGUUCUCCUGACAAAGAUCGACGAGUGCUGGCCACUGGUUCAGCAAAAUCUGAAGAAGGUCUACUACAGCAAAAAAAUCAAGCAAAAGAUAAACGAAUGCAGUGACAUACUGGGAGUCGCCAAAACCUGCAUCUUUCCGAUAAAAAACUACCACGAGGAGACUGAGACCGAUAACGACAUAGACGCCCUGAUUCUGUCAGCUUUCAACCAGAUUGUCUUCUUUGCUAAUGAUUAUGUAGAAGACCUGACAAGUGGUGAAAAGACAGCAAUAGUUUAG